AUAACUUGGCCCAAUGUCCUCAUCUUCCGGGACUCCAGCUUCUAAACCUCGUCGACGACGUGACAAACCUCAACUUUCGUGCAUCGCAUGCCGCCAGCGCAAGUCUCGAUGCGAUCGACUACAGCCAUGUACCAGCUGUGUCGCACGCGGUCACUCAUGCGUCUACCUGACCCAAAAACCACCAGCAUCCCUAUUGCAUCCUACGCCCGUUGGAGCAGCAGCUGGACUUCAUGACCGGCUGGUUCACUUGGAGCGUCUCGUUAAGUCCUUAAUGCCCGAUGGAAUCCACAAUGACGAGGCUCGACAGCUUACUACCUCAGAUACCACUCCCAACAGCAGUGUUCGACAAGUACCUUGUGGUGGUGUAGUAGAUACACAGUCAGAUUGUGGCAGCAUGCAGAUCACCGAUUCCGAGCUUCAGUAUGUAGCCGGUGAACACUGGGCGGCCAUUCUGGACAGCAUUGCCGACUUGAAGGCGCAAUGUGAUCGCGAGGAACAAGUCAGGAUGGCCGAAUCUAUCGAUGACACGAGUGGGAAACCACCCCACUUUCGACAUGCGUUGUUGCUCUACGGAUGUGAACGGGCUUCCUCAAGGGCUGAGAUCAUCGCCGCACUGCCACCCAAGGCUGCUGUUGACCGCUAUAUCUCGAAGUAUUUUAAUUAUCUUGAUCUUGUCGCUUCUGCUGCGGUUCAUGGACCUAGCUUUCUUCAAGAGUACAAAGUCUUUUGGUCCGACUCCACAAGCAUGCCAAUCAUCUGGGUUGGCCUUCUCUUCAGCAUGAUCUGCCUAGCCGUAAUGGCCUCGGACGUGACCGACAGCGCAGAAGACGAGCAAAAAACCCUCCAACUCGAACUCUACCGCAAAAAGGUUGCCCAGUGCCUCGUCAUGGGCGAGUACACCAAGCCUGGCCCCUACGUACUCGAGACCCUAGUCCACUACGUAUACAUCGAGUUCGGAAUCAACCCCGACGCGGACCGCAACAUCUGGUUCCUGCUCGGGCUCGAAGUCAACCUCGCAAUGCGAAUGGGCUAUCAUCGCGAUCCCAGCCACUUUCCCAGUCUCACUCCAUUGCAGGGCGAAAUGCGCCGUCGACUAUGGACAACCGUACUAACAAGCGAUACCCUCCUAUCCAGCCAAAUGGGCAUGCCGCGAAUGAUCUCCGACUGGAAAUGGGAUACCGCAGAACCGCGAAACUUAUUCGACACAGACUUAAGCCAAUCCCUAACUGCACUACCCCCCAGCCGACCAGAAACAGAACACACCACUACAUUAGAGCUCAUCGCGCGGAGACGCAUACUCAUAGCCCUAGGCACUAUAUCCAACCUAGCAGACGCAGUCAAACCAGCAAGUUACGCAGAAGUAAUGCAAGCAGACAAGAAACUCCACGACGCCGUUUCCACCAUCCCUCCCCCGCUCCGCUUCAAAUCCCUACAGGCGAGCAUGACCGAUUCCCCACAGGUGAUCAUGUCCCGACUAUUCCUCGAACACCUCCUAUACAAAGGCCAGAUCAUGCUUCAUCGCCGGUUCCUCAACUUAGGAACUAUCCCUUCGCGUGAAUCAAACCCAGAAGGUGAUAGGUUCACGUACUCCCGCACCGCCUGUAUCGACGCAUCACUCGGCGCCCUACGCAUACAGCACAUUCUCGACGAGGAGACCUGCAGAGGGGGCCAAUUACACGACAUGCACUGGCGGAUUACAUCAAGCAUGACGCAUCUAUUCCUAACGGCGACGAUGAUUCUAUGCUCGUUGGUGCAUCGGGGUAAGCCUCUUAGGAGGAUAGAGGAGGUGCUGGCUGCCCUUCGAACGGCUAGGACUAUCUGGAUGCGUCGUGGCUCGACGGCGACUUCGUGCGAGGCGGCGAGGGCCGCUGAGGUUUUUAGUCUUACUCUUGCGCGGGUGGGGGAGCGUGGCGUUGAAGGGGAUGGUGCUCAUGGCUGUUUGAGUGCUGGUGAUGGUGAUUUGGCGGCAGAGUUGGAUGCGGGUCAGAGUAUGGGUGUAGAUGAGGGCGAAGAAUGUGUGAUGCCAUCUUUGAUGGUGGAAGAAGACUGUGUAGGAGUGGACUAUGCGUUCUCUAUGGAUGAUUGGUUGCAGAUGCAAUGGCCGGGUGUGGACAAUUUUGAUACUUAUUCCCGCUGAAGACAUACAGGUAUAGUAUGGGGAUAUGAAGUGAUG